AUGUUUUGGCUGUUCCAAGUUAUCAAAAGACUAUGGGUGUCAGCAUUUAACCAGAGGAAUAUACUGACGCUGCCGAUCAAUAUCAUGAGGAAUUUUGCACUGGUGCUAAUAUGGCUGUUUUCAUUCAACAACGCUAAAUACAUUCCAAACAAUAUUAGACCGCCCAUCAGGUCAUCGUUGGCGUUUCUAGCAGACGCAUUCAUGUUUGGGGACACAUUCAAAGAACUGAACCAGCAAUACCAAUCAAAGGUAAUGUCACAGGUGUCAAUAGCUACAGCAUUCGCAUUCACGGUGGUGUGUCUUGUUCUAGCACCAGCAGUAGUAUGGUUCUACUUGUACAGGGUACGCAGAAUUAAUUACAAUGUCGUAGAGUGGUACGACCACAUCUUCCAUUUCGAAAACAAAAAUAACGACAAAAGACUCAGAUUGAUCAUAGUACCGUUCGCACUACCUUUCCUUUGCAUAGUAAUGUUGGAUUUCCUACACUUGUUCUCCUUCCAAUCGGAGGAUAACUUCACGAAAUUCAAAGAUCUGCUUGCAUGGACGUCGUACGUCAUAUUUCAUGUAAUGAUGCCCAUCCUCACAGCAGUGUACUUGUACGUCUUCCACCCGGCGGGGACAGUCAUGUGUUUUUCGCUAGCACUCGGCGCACAAAACAUUUUCGGUCUGUUGACACACCUGUUGCUCCCCACCGCAUCCCCCUGGUUCAUACACAUGUACGGUGCGCAGAACAAAGACCAAGUUAACUACGACCAAGAGGGGUACGCAGCGGGGCUCACUAGGGUGGAUACACACCUGGGGACGCAUAUCAACACGAACGGGUUCCACAAGAGCCCGAUCGUGUUUGGUGCAGUCCCCUCAUUGCACUCAGCAAUUGCAUUUCAGUGUUUCCUGAUGAUCGUCACUAGAGCAAGCUCCGUGAAACACAGAUACGUUAGGUCUCGCACAAUCACCCAUGGGAACGGCAGUGGUGGGGUCCAAGGGAACGAGAGUUUCCCAUUGAGUGAUAUGUCCUCAGGAGAGGACUGCUACGAGGAGGAGGAUGACUACGAUGAGGAUGAGCUGGAUACGGAAACGUCGUCGUCUUCCAUGUCGAUAACAGACGUGGACGAGAUGGACCCAACAAAUGCAUCUGCAUCCAGGGGGGCGACAACUUCGAACUCCGCAGUGCUAAGAAAGGGGAACUCACCACAGUACGUUUAUUUAUACGAUAUGGAUUACUCGCAGUACACGUCCAGAUGGUACUUCCGUAUUUUCAAUAGGGGUCUUGUGGCAAAGACGUGGAUUACAAGUUACGUCUGCCUGCAGUGGUGGGCAACCAUGUACUUGGACCACCACUACCGGUUCGAUCUGUUUGUCGGGCUCGGAUACGCAUUACUGUCGCAUUAUUUUAUCAACUGGGCCAUCCUACAACGCCGUGUACUGAGAGACUUUAUUGCUGUUAGGACAGGCAAACGCAAAGACAUUUACAAUGAGUCGAGGACUUACGGGAUGAGAGUGUUCCAAGGCACAAGAUUCGAGUGGUUCUUCGAUCCACUGGCAUAG